AUGAACGUUCAAUCAUUUCUAAAAAUGAAUUCACCUUUGAUCUUAGAUGGUGGUUUUGCUACAGAGCUACAAAGAGUUCAUUGUAAAGAUCUUUCAUCAAAGUUAUGGUCUGCUGCUUAUUUAUCCCAAGACCCACAAGCAAUACGAGAUGUUCAUUUAUCUUAUCUUAGAGCAGGCGCGGAUAUCAUUACAACAUGCAGUUAUCAAGCAACUAUAUCAGGUUUUAUACAAUGCGGAUUUUCAAAUGAUCAAGCGGUAUCAUUAAUGCAAAAAUCUGUUUCGUUAGCCAUUGAAGCUCGUGAACAAUUUUGGACUGAAUAUCAAAAACAAUUACAUCAAUUCAAUGAUAUAACCAGGAUCAAACCUUUAAUUGCACUCUCGCUUGGUUCAUUUGGUGCAACCCUAUGUGAUGGUUCGGAAUAUUCUGGAAACUUUGGUCCUGACGUAACCACUUCCUAUCUAAAAGCUUUUCAUAGAGAAAGGAUGCAAAUAUUUUAUCCAAAAUUUACAGAUAUUGAUUUAAUAGCAUUCGAAACAAUUCCAUCAUUCCAAGAAGUUGAUGCCAUUUGUUCUGUAUUACAAGAAGAAAAAAUCUCCGUUCCUUGUUGGGUCUCAUUUUCUUGUAAAAAUGAUUCAUUAAAUGGUCAUGAUGAAACUUUAAUAGAAAGCAUCAAACUUUGUUGUACCGUAGAUUCAAUUGUUGCCAUUGGUAUAAAUUGCACUAAACCUAAGUAUGCUGAAAAUUUGGUAAAUUUGAUUCGCAACGAAAUGGAUCUUCUUGGAGCUAAAGAUAAAUUUGUUGUUUGCUAUCCAGACGCUGGAUGUGAAUGGGAUGAGAUUAAAAGGGAUUGGGAUUCGUGUACAGGGCUUUCUGCAGAAGAAUUCGGAGAUUGCGCAUUACUAUGGGCUAAACGAUCUAGAUUUAAGAUUAUUAUUGGAGGUUGCUGUAAAACUACUCCAGAAUAUAUUUCCAAUGUUCGCAAACAUGAAUCUUUUGGCAAAUUGUAA